GCUGUGAUGUGGUCUUCUUCGCUUGCACGUCUCUCUAACGCCAUUAGAAUCACACCGACUGCCAAACGCCAAUUGCUUGAUCGCCUAUAAAUGCUUGCCUCCGCAUCUUCUCUUCGUUCUCCUGCUCACUGCUUUUCCUUGCUCUCUCUUGUACCAGACCAGCCAUGGGAGAAGGAGCUGCGGAUCUCCCGCCUGGUUUCCGUUUCUUCCCCUCCGACGAAGAGCUCGUCGUCCAUUUCCUCUACCGCAAGACCGCGCUCCUCCCUUUCCAUCCCGACAUCAUCCCCACUCUCGAUCUCCAUCGUUGUGAUCCAUGGAACUUCCAUGGUAAAGCGUUUCAAGGAGGUAACAGGUGUUGGUACUUCUUCACGAGCAGAAGCGAAGACAGAGCAUCGGUCAGUGGAUACUGGAAUCCAGUGGGCACCGACGAGGUCGUAAUCAGCGGCAAUAAGGAUGUCGGUGUGAAGACGACGCUCAAAUACUACAUCGGCCAACCUCCCGACGGCAUCAGAACCAACUGGCUCAUGCAUGAGUACCGUUUGCCGGAUGCCACAGUUCAUGGUGGGAGCUCAACCUGCAGCAGCACCAGAAGGAAGACAGGACAACCAGUAACCAUUUCUUCUUCUUCGUCCUCCUCCCCAUCUUCUUCUUCUUCGGCUCUCGUAGCUAACACGAGCUUCUUCCAUUACACCACCCAGGAGUUCAACAAAUGGGUGAUAUGCCGCGUACAGGAGUGCUGCUCGCAGGCGAGCGCGCACGACGACGGCGGCGGCGGCACCGAGCUGUCGUGCCUCGACGAGGUGUUCUUAUCCCUGGAUGAUCUCGACGAAGUGAGCUUGCCGAACUGAGAUCAUGGCAACCCCCAAAGGCCGACCAGAGAGUCCUCGAAACCACGCCAACACACCAUGCACGUAUAUCCCGUACUCACUCUUCUCACAUCUGUCGCUUCCAAUAACACAGAGCUCGCCCAAGUGAUGAUGAGGCGCUCUUCCCCCAUUUCCUCUAACUCUACUGCACUGUGUAUCGAUCGUCAAUGGUGUUUCCAUGGCAUUCAUGAUACGUUUGUAGACUUUAAAGUG